AUCCGCGGAUGAAACGCGACGCCUGUUGACAUGACCCUGGUUCCUGCGUUACGUGCCGCCACGCCAUAGUUCACCCAUGGAAGCUGUAGGACCUCUCACAAGGGCAGCCACCCAGCUUUCCUAGACUCCUGAUUGUGUCGUAGUACACGUUGUCCGACUCUGACAACUUUAGGAUUUCUGAGGUGUUGAGUCAGAAACGUUCUGUGCCGCUGCGCUUCGUGCAUAGUGAUCCCAUGAUGCAGCUGUUACAUCAGGUACGUGGCCCUGGCAAGGGUUAAACCCGGCAUAGCUGUAACGUCACGCGCUGGGAAGUUUAAAGGAUGCUGCCCGGUGACGGCAGGAGGUAUUCACUGUCGGGACGUUGUGUGGAGCUGGUACACGUGAGGCCGGCCUCUGGGCAUGUUCUAGACCUGUCAGAGCAGCAGGGACUGUGUGUUGCUGGGCUGCUGUGUCACGUAAUUCGGGUGCAGCCGCUCAGGAGGUUUAUCUGGAGCUCCGGCCCGGUGCCUGCUGCGUGUGAUAAGGGUAGACGCUCGCCCCUCAUCCUGGCUGACCAGACGAGUCCAUAUCUCCUCACAGGUUCCUGGGUGGAGAUCCAAAUGAACAGCAACGGGAACAACCUGGACAGCAACAGGAAUGGAGGUCUGGAGCAUGUACCCUCAUCCUCCUCCAUCCACAACGGGGACAUGGAGAAGAUCCUCCUGGACGCCCAGCACGAGUCCGGACAGAGCAGUUCCCGGAGUAGCUCGCAGUGCGAGAGCCCCUCGCCUGAAGAAGGUCAGAUAACCUUUGAUGUGGAGAUGCACACCAGUAAAGACAGCUUCCAGUCUGAAGAAGACGACGGAGAGGCAGAGAAAGAAGAAGAAGUGCUGAAGAAGAGCGCAGACUGGGUAUCCGACUGGUCGAGUAGACCCGAAAACAUCCCCCCAAAGGAAUUUCAUUUCCGACACCCCAAGAGGUCCGUGUCUCUGAGUAUGAGGAAGACGGGAGCCAUGAAGAAAGGAGGCAUUUUCUCUGCAGAAUUCCUGAAAGUUUUCAUCCCCUCUCUUUUCAUCUCCCAUGUCCUUGCCCUGGGGCUGGGCAUUUAUAUUGGGAAAAGAUUGACCCUCCCAUCCACCAGUUCUUAUUGAUGGAGCAUGAUCUGGAAUUGAUCCCCCGACCCCCUGAAGGUGUGUUCCUGUCACAUUUGUGCAUUUUGAACUUUGCACCAUGUUAAGCAUGACUUAAAGCACCCCCUUCUCGUCACCCAUCUUUACAAACCUGGGAGCCCUUUCUUGCAACCUCGGGGAGGUUCAGAGCACCGAGCUUAACGUGAAGAACCCAACUCAACAAGAAAUCGGCUCAUCUCCUGGCCCUCCCAUUUGAGAGUCCCUCAGAGAAGAAGUGUCUGACUACAGCCAGCCAUGUUGAUAUGGUCACUGUCUGGCUCAGACCAGAAAUGUUCUCCUUGUGGACAACCCUUGCAAGCGACGAAAAACCCACCAGGUCAUGUCUACCACGGGCCCCAGUGCAAACAACAAGAGCCCCAGAUGUUUAACUUGAUCACCCUGUAGCCUUCCGGUGACAGCACCUUCACCAUCAGAGAGAUGACCGCGUAUCUGGCCCCAUCAAAGCCCGUGGGGCUUAUCGACCGUUCUAUUUGGAUUGCAUGAUGUUACCAAUGGGGAAUUUUGGAAUCGCCUUGAUCCCUACUCAGGACUGCCACAGAAUAUUACAAGUGGGGACUUGAGGCUUGGCUAAGAAACGUUCAUUUAUUUUUAGAUUGUGUGAUUU